GGACCAAAGUGUAAAUUUAACACAAUCAAUUAUCACUGUUUCAUCUUCCCUAACAAAUCCGCCUCCAUUAAAAUCCCUUUAAUUUUAAUUCAAGCUUUUUUCGACAAAAACAAAAUCAUGCCGGAUGUUCAAGCUCAAGUCAAUGACUUCGUCGUCAAGCUUCAGAAACGUAAGAUUGAGGGGUCCAAGGCGACGGCGAAGCUGACGGCUGAGUUGUUGCGGUCGGUGAUAUCGCAGCAGCGGAUCCCGCAUGGGAGUAAUCAGGCUGGUGUGAUUAUCGAGGCUGUGAGAGGUGUCGGUGAACAGCUUAUUCGCGCUAAUCCUGUCGAACUUGCAGUUGGGAAUAUAGUGAGGCGUGUUUUGCAUAUAAUCAGAGAGGAGGAUCUUUCUCUCACGACUGCUACUAUAGGCGGGUUAAGUGUGUCAGCUGCAAGUGAUGAUGAAGAUGAACUUGAACGAGGUGAUCACCCAGCUCUGUCUGCUGCUGCUGUUGCUGCCGCUUCUAGAAGCACACUAAGGCCACCUUCCUUGCAGACACUUCUUGAGGAUGUGCCUCAUUCUGCAGCUGUUCCCCACACUUAUUCCUCUGGUGGUGAUUCUGAAGGGAAAAGCAAGUCUACAGAUAAAAAUUCAAGGACUCGGAAGCUAAAGCACAAUAUUAUUGAGACUGUGAAUGAGCUGAUUCAAGAUAUUAAUACCUGCCAUGAGCAGAUUGCUGAGCAAGCUGUGGAGCAUAUUCACCAAAAUGAGGUAAUAUUGACUCUAGGAAGUUCAACCACAGUGAUUGAAUUUCUUUGUGCUGCAAAAGAGAAAAAAAGAUCAUUUCGGGUAUUUGUUGCAGAGGGUGCUCCAAGAUAUCAGGGGCAUAUUCUUGCCAAGGAAUUGGUUGCUAGAGGAUUACAGACCACCAUCAUUACUGAUUCUGCUGUGUUCGCCAUGAUUUCACGAGUGAACAUGGUUAUUGUGGGAGCUCAUGCUGUCAUGGCAAAUGGUAGUGUUAUAGCACCUGUUGGGUUGAAUAUGGUUGCACUUGCUGCUCAAAGACAUGCCGUGCCAUUUGUUGUUCUUGCCGGAAUUCAUAAGUUGUGCCCAUUGUAUCCCCACAAUCCAGAGGUCUUACUGAAUGAGCUAAAAUCCCCAUCUGAGUUACUAGACUUUGGGGAAUUCUCAGAUUGCAUGGAUUUCGGGACUGGCUCUGGUUCUCCUCUUCUUCAUGUUGUGAAUCCUGCAUUUGAUUACGUCCCACCAAAACUUGUCAGUUUAUUUAUUACCGACACGGGAGGGCAUAAUCCAUCAUACAUGUACAGACUCAUUGCUGAUUAUUACUCUGCUGAUGAUCUGGUGAUUCAGAGGAGACCCUCAUCUUGAAAUGUAUCAUAGCUAUAUAGUUUUUAUACACUCGGGGACAAGAAAAGUGGGACGGAGGGAGUAUUAUUUAUUUUUUGGAGUAGUAUUGUUCAAGUUUUCCAAAACAAUGGCCGGAAGCCUAACAAGCCAGGUAAAAUCCAAGCCCAAAUCGAAUAUCUGGGUCUAUCCUGAGACCAAAUUCUAAAGCUUAAGGGCAACUGUUAACUUACGGAGCCUAGCACACGCCUUAAAAUCAAUGGUUUGCUGGAGGUCCUAGUAUUUAUUAAUCUUAUAAUCUGAACAAAGUGCCCCAUGAUGUUUUGAUGUUUAAUGUUACAUGGGGUUAAUGAUUAGAUGUAAUUAAGAGGUCUUUUUUAUCAUAAUUUAUCUUCCUAGAAAUAGAAUCUCAGGCACUCUGCUGAUAUUUCAAGGCUCUUUCAUGGUGCAACUCUAGAAACACACUCUUACGAAUAGUAAAGUGCACCAUACAGAUGAGAAUUCCUACGACUUGGUAGAAUUAUAUAUAGUACUUGAAUACUAUUCUCAUUUAGUAAAUCUGAAAGUUUAUUGCCCUGGAUUGUUUUAUAGUUGUCA